AUGUCCAUCUUGUCGUACAAUGGAGCGGCGAUCAUCGCCAUGGCGGGCAAAGAUUGCGUCGGAAUCGCAUGUGAUACCAGACUGGGCAUGCAGGCACAGACUGUGGCCAUGGACUUCCAGAAGGUGUUUCGUGUGACGGACAAGACGUUCCUGGGCUUGGCUGGCCUCGCCACCGACGUACAGUCUGUGUCGCAGCUGCUUAAAUUUAAGAUCAACAUGUACAAGAUGAACGAGGAGCGCGACAUCAAGCCCAAAACGCUGAGCGCGCUGCUGUCCAACAUGAUGUACGAGAAGAGAUUCGGCCCGUGGUUCGUAGAGCCUGUGAUCGCCGGUUUGACUGAGGACAACAAGCCUUUCUUGUCCAGCAUGGACUGCCUGGGAUGUGAGAUGAUGACGAAGGACUUCGUGGUGGCCGGGACCAUGGAGGAGGCGCUUUACGGCAUGUGCGAGUCCAUGUACAAGCCUGAUAUGGAGGAGGAGGAUCUUUUCGAGACGCUUUCGCAGUGCCUGCUGUCUGCCUGCAACCGUGACGCUCUCUCGGGCUGGGGUGCUGUCGUUCACAUCAUCACACCCAAGGGUAUUACAUCGAAGAAGCUGCAGUCGCGCCAGGACUAG